AUGUGGGAGCCGGCGUGAGGAAAGUUAGAGUGCUUUUUUUUUUUUUUCCCUCCACGUGCGAAGCGCUCGUGGCUAUGGCUACCCUCCUGGUUGAGGACUUGCUGGCGCGCGCCGAGGAGCGCGAGGCGGAGACCCAGCGCAGCGUGGCGGUGCACAAGGAGCUGGAGUUGGAGUUCGACGUCGGCAACUUACUGGCGGUGGAUAAAAAUCCGGCUCCGCGCGCCUUUGCGCGAGUCUCAUCGGAGCGCGAGUCUCUCCUGCGCGCUUUGGCCCGGGAUAACACGCAGCUGCUGGUGGGCCAGCUCUGGGCGCUACCGUCAGAGCGGGCGGAAGGGGGCGCGGGGCCCGUGGUGGCCCGCCUGCCCGAACCCUCCACGCGGUUGCCCAGGGAAAAGCCGCUGCCCAAACCUCGGCCGCUCACCAAAUGGGAGCAAUUCGCGCGCCUCAAAGGCAUCCGGCCGACGCGGAAGAAGCGCGGCACGUUGGUCUGGGACGAAGCCGCCAAAGAGUGGCGGCGGCGCUGGGGUUACCGCCGAGCUGGCGGGGAUCCCUCCCGCGACUGGCUCUUGGAAGUGCCGGACUCGGCCGACCCGAUGGAGGAUCAGUUCGCCAAGCGGCGCCAGGAGAAGCGGGAGCGGGUGGCGCGCAACGAGCUCAAUCGCCUGCGGAACCUGGGGCGCGCUCACCGGGGCCGGGUGGCGGCCGACCUUCACCCGACGGGCCACCAAGACCGGGCCGAGAUGGGCCGCGUCUCCGUCCUCGCUCGCGUCUCCACCGCCUCCCGCGGCCGCUUCCAGCCUCGCCUUCCCAAGGAGCCCGCCGUCGCGCAGACCAACACGGCCCGCGGAAAGAAGCGUCGCUUCCAGCCGCUGCUGGGAGACCUUGAAGGGGAGAAGAAGCGGCACCUGGAAUUAGCCCGCAGCCUGAGUAGCAAGAAGCCGCCCCUGGAUCUGACCCGGGCGGUCAACAAGCAGCUCCGCGAAGAGGAGGCCGAAGCUGCCAGGGGCAAAGGCAAAAAGCGCGACCAGCGGGGCAAGAGGGGUCGACGGCAGCAGCAGAGGUCCGGAAAUGCCAGGGGCAAGAAAAGCGCAGGGGCAGGUCGCAGAGGGAAUCAGGGGGGAUCUGGAAGCUUCAACAGCAAAAGGAAAAGAAAAUGAGCUUUCAUUGCUAUUUAUCCCAGCUAAAUAGCAGACAAGUGGUUUAUUUUAUACAAAGCUGCAACAAAAUGUGGACUUGCUAAGUUAAACAUUAUUCUAACUUAACCUAUUCUGACUUAACAUUGGCCUUUAACCCCCAAAGAACUUUUGUAUAAAGUUACUUUUGAAAGAAACUACUCACAUGAAGAAACAUCGUGUUUGAUGUACAGUUCAGACAAGGCCUUUUCUGGGAAUUGGAGUGGCUUCAAAGAAUAAGACUUCAAAGGACUUGAAAUAUAUAGGACCUGCUUUGUUUAUAAUAAAGUCGUAAUAUGCCUUUUUCUUUUAAAUGAGAAUUGAAAUGGACAGCUUUCAGGUCCACCUCUCUGCAGUGUUAUUUUUUUUCUGUAUUUCUUUUUCAUGUAUCUGAAUUACAGUAUCUCCAUUGUCAGGUUGAAAGCAAAUCACUAGAAGAAUAUUGUUUUUAUAUCAUGGUAACUGACUUUCUUUUACCUUGUUUCCCCCAAAAUAAGACAUCCCCUGAUAAUAAGCUCAAUUGGGCUGGUAUAUAUGUUGAGAUAAUAAAUCUGCAUAUAAAAUGUCAAAUUGUCUCCAUCAAAAUACUAUUUUCAUCAUUUUGACGCUAUGAAUCCUGAUUUCAGUAAAACUAGAUUCUGUAUGGGGAGUAUGUAUGUGGAUACAUGUACUUGCCCAUUGUUCUUACAGCAAGAUUGAAGACAUUAAAUAAAAACCCUA